AUGGUGACUCUCCGCGAGAGACCAACGGUCGCGACCACAGAACCCGAACCGGUGUUGGAAAACCGCGUCGAGGACUUGACGAUUCUCUCGGACGACGAAGAUUCCCCCACCGAUGCAGCAGUGAAGCACUUGCGUGGACGUUGGGAACUUGCUUCCGUUCUCAACUUCUUCAAUGUCUUUGGACCACUUGUCUCGGAAAAAUUGAAGGUAACAGCUGAAGAAAUUGAGAUGGGUCUUGUCGAUUCCAACGCUACAAAUGCUCAGCUUCACAUUGCACUUCUAAAGGGCAUACUACCGUUGAGUAAAUCGCUCGAGGAGGGAGAUGCGUGGAUCACUGUCUUGUGUAAGAAACUUGAUCCAUGGUGGCCAUUGGUGAGGCCCACUCUGAACCUUUUUUUGGCGGAAAUAUCUGGAUACAAAGGACUUGACCCUACUGAUCGCCUGCAGUUUCUGAAAGCACUUUGUGAGCUUCGUGCCCAACAAGAUGAUGCUCGUAAGUAUAUUCAAGAGAAUACCAAUGAAGGAAGCCUGAAUCCAUGUUUCAGCAAAAGGAAGUUAGGAGGAGAUGGAAAUAAGACUUCUUACUGGUUUGAUGGGAAUGACAUCCUAGGGUACAGAUUGUAUAAGGAAGUUAAUGAAACCUCAAAAAGCGAUAAAGCAAGGAAGAAUGUGUGCUCAGAUACAUCUUGUUUCUGCUGGGAAACUGAAGCAACCAAUCUAGAUGAAUUUCAAAGAGUUGCUAGAGAGUUAUCAUCAAACAAAGCUUUUUCUUUGGCUGCUAUCGGCACGAUGAUUGAGACAGAUGCUAUACCCGUUGUUGAGAAAUAUCAUAAAAAGAAAGAAAGGGCAAUCAAAAGGAAAAUGAAGCAAGAGAAGGUUGUUAGUGUCAAUAUCUCGCGUCCUCUACGCUUAACCCGUUCAUGUCGUAACCGCAAGCCUGCCACUUACACCUUUGACGAGUAUGACGAGGAAGAAGCACCUGAAAGCGACAAUGGUGGUGUAAAAGAGAUGGAGAAAAGCAAGGAAGACUCAGAGGGAAUGAUCGAGUUUGGUGCCAAAAACAGGCUGAGACAAAGAGUAACGAGGAACUCAGCUCUCUGCUAGUUUAAUAAACCGUCCAUGUUGUGGAAGAAAUGGUAAAAGAACCAGUUAUCGUUUUGUCUCUUUUUGGAUGCUGGUGGAGGUUAAGAAUCAGGAUAGUUUUUCGUUUUGUUCUAUGUAUGCUGCUGUACUUACAAUUCCCAACAAUGUAGAUCUUUACUUAUUCACCAUCUCCUAUAUAGGAUAAUCA